AUGAAGGUCAUGGACUGCUUCAGCACGCAGACGCAAGUGCUGCAAGCUGACGGCAGUGGUAUGCAGCAGACGGUGACCACUGGGAUGUCCGUGGGGUGUCAAAUUUACGCCCUGUCGGGUCGGGGGCCACGCUCAGCGUUGAGGAUACUGAGGCAUGGUCUGACCCUCGGGGAGGCGGGGGCCUCAGAACUGCCUGGACAGCCUAAUGCACUGUUCACGAUUAAGCCCUUCGGGGCUAGCUACGCACCGGUGGCAGAGGGAGAGGUGGAGUCUGACCGCUACAUCGUCGUGUCGUUCGUGGACCAGACGCUGACCUUGUUGGUGACUUCUGAUAACAUUCAUGAGGUUACUGACUCGGGGUUUGCUAAGGAGCAGCCGACCCUCUUCGCAAUGAGGAUGCAGGAUAAGAGCGCUAUCCAGGUUAUGCCCACGGGUAUACGUCAUGUCGCGGCAGGCAGAAGGACCACGGAGUGGAGGGCCCCGCCGGGCCGGCAGGUUACUAUGGCCGCUAGCAACGGCUCGCAAGUUGUCAUUGCUCUCUCGGGAGGAGAAAUACAACUCUUUGAGCUUGAUGCUGAUACUAAUGGUCAUCUCAGUGAGGUUGCCAAACGCGACAUUGGGUGUGAAGUGGCGGCCUUGACGGUUCAACCAUUGUCAUCUGGUCGAACUCGGAGCCAGUUUAUGGCA